UUUUUUUUGCUGUCGUGAAAUAUUUUUUUGGGUGCAGAGUAAACAAAACAUGCUUUACUAGCACAACUCUCAAUUUUAUAAAAAAAAAUCAUUCUUAUCUUUUUUUCCUAUUUUCUACAAAAUUACAUAUUAGACAAGAACAGUACAAGAAUAUCUCACAAAGAUUUAGCACUGAUAAUAAAGUCUUUGAAAUUUCACACAUUUUCAUAAUGAUAUAAUGAAAAUACACGUAUACAUAAGUCAAGUAAAUUACUUCCAUGGUCAAAUAAUUUUCAUUAAGCGAGUUGGCAUAUGAAUAUGUAUUUAGAAAAUUUAACAAGAAAAAAGGUAGCAAUAAAACAAUAACUCCAACUCCAAUGAAUUAUCUUCAAUAUCGCACAAAAACGCUCCCCAGGAAACAGCAUUCAUUUUAUCGCAGUCAAAGUGUUUAGUCAGUUGAUCAAUUUGCUCCCGAAAAGACAUUAUCAGGCACCCACAGUUUGAAUUGAAACGUUGUUGAGUAAACUUGUGCGAUCAUCUGCAAUGGCUGAAAUUGAGACGAAUAUUGUGCCAAACGGUGAUUCCAAUAAUCACGUAAAUCUCGUCAAUGGGGAGAAGAAAGAAAUGAAGAUGGACUUCUUCGAGAUGACCACUGUGCCCCCAGAGUGGCUGAAUAGGGAGUAUCUGGAGAAAGUUUUUCGUGAAUAUGAAAACGAUCCGACUCUCCACAUCUUCGAGUGCGAGAUUGCUCCUGCCGCAAAGCCAGGAGAUAACUUUGCAAGUGUCGUAUUCAGGGCUAAAUUAAAAUACACGAGCAAGAACAAAACUGAAGCCAUUUCAAUUAUUAUAAAAGUCCGACCAUUUUUGGAGGGCUUCCGAAAGGAACUCCUCGGGAAUAUGCCGUUGUUUGAAACAGAAGCUGAUAUGUAUCAAAAAAUCUUACCCGAAAUGCAGAGACUUCUCAGUCAGACAGGCGAUAAAGAUGUCAUUGCACCAAAAAUGAUUUACUACAACGGCGAACCAGAAAUUAUUAUUUUUGAGGACAUUGCCCCGAAAGGAUAUGUAAUGCGCCAUAAACCAAUGAAUUUUGAAAAUACAAAAAAACUCAUUCAAAAACUUGCAAAAUUUCACGCGCUUUCCUUCUACAUGUACAAUGAGGAGAAAAAGGAGUUGGAUGAAUUUAAAAAUGGACUUAUCACAACAAAAGCACCAAUUGAUUUCUUCGUGCAGGGCUACUUGAAUGCUGUUAAGUGUAUAAAAGAAUGGCCAGGGUAUGAAGAAAUUGGGGAGAAGAUGGAAAAAAUUGGUCCACAUUUCUUGAAAAAACUCAGAAAAUCCUACAUCCCCAAUAAGCCAAAUGAUGGCUUCAAUGUUCUCAAUCAUGGAGAUUUUCAUAUAAAAAAUUUGCUCUUCAUCAACGAUGAGAACGAUGAUAUCAACGAGAUUUCAUUUAUUGACUUCCAAAUUUCAGUGUGGUGUAGUCCGGCAAUUGAUCUAAACUACGUUUUGUACGUUAAUGCGUCAACUGAAACAAGGGAUAACCACAGGGACGAAUUGAUUCGUAUUUAUCAUACAAAAUUCUGUUCGUUCCUUGAAGAAUUGGGAUGUCUCAAGAAGCCACCAAGCCUUUUGGAAUUGCACAUUGAAUUACUGAAAAAUGGAUUUUUUGAGGUGCUCCUGUCCAUACAAUUUAUGGCAAUGUUUUACGCAAAUUUCGAAGAAAUGGCAAAGGAAGAUUUAAGUGACCCAAAUCUAAUGGAAAAGAUGACGAAGAAACUUUACACGGAGUCACCAAUGCGACCUGUCCUCGAAAAGCUCAUUGUGCAAUUUUUGCACAAAGGAUAUUUUGAAAUUAUCACUGCGUGCGAAAUUGUUCCCGCCACAAAAGUGGGAGAUAAUUUUGCAAGUGUCAUCUUCAGAGCCAAUAUCACGUAUGUAACAAAAGGAAAGACCGUUACUACAACACUUAUAAUGAAAGUUGCGGAUAGUCAAAAAGCUUUCAUGCAGGAUGUACCACUAUUCCAAACGGAAAUCAAUAUUUACCUGAAGGUUUUACCGGAAAUGCAGAGACUCCUUAAUCAAUUGGGCGAUAAGGACAUCAUGUUUCCCAAGAUGAUUUAUCACCACAUCAAUCCCGAUAUAAUAAUCCUCGAGGAUAUUGCUUCCAAGGGAUAUGUGAUGCGCCACAAGCCAAUGAAUUUAGAAAAUACGAAAAAAGUUGCUGAAAGGCUAGCUAAAUUCCACGCAUUAUCCUUUUAUUUGUACCACGAGGAGAAGAAGGAACUCGAUGAUUUCAAAUUUGGUCUUGUUACAACAGCCACAUUGGAUACAAUGAAUUUUUUUGCAGAUGGAUUCAUGAGAGCUGUACGAUGCGCAAAAGAAUGGGAAGGAUUUGCUGAAAUUGCCGAGAAGAUGGAGAAAUUUGGACCUCAUUUGAUGAAAAAAAUACGCGAUGUCUACAUUGUGGAUAAAUCAGAGGGAGCCUUCAACGAGUUUUUCACGAAAAAAAAAUUUGGAAGAAUGAGUGCAGAAAAUGGGCAAAAGGCAGCUGAAGCUCCAAGGAUCAUCAAUGGAGAAGCCAAGAAUAACGAUCUUUUUGAAACUGUUUUAGAACCACCGAAUUGGCUCAAUCAGGACUACCUCGAAAAAGCCCUUAGAGACCACGAACAUGAUAAAUCACUCACGAUCACCGAUUGUAGCAUCGUUCCAGCUACAAAGCCUGGAGAUAACUUUGCAAGUGUAGUCUUUAGGACUCACAUCACUUUUACAUCCAAGAAGCAUCCUGCUCCGGGUGAAAAGGUGUCCUACAUUAUCAAGGUUAAACCCUUCCAUGAAGGACUCAAGAAAGACAUGAUGGGAGAUGUUCCAUUCUUUGAAACAGAAAUAAAAAUGUACACAACAGUAUUACCGGAAAUGCAGAGACUUUUGUCGCAAACAGGUGACAAGGACAUUAUAGCUCCAAAUAUGAUUCAUCAUGGCCUGAAUCCUGAUAUUGUAAUCUUUGAGGACAUAUCAAAAUAUGGCUAUGUAAUCAAGCAUGAUGCAUUGAAUUACGAGGGUACUCAUAAACUCAUAGUAAAGCUCGCAAAAUUUCAUGCUCUGUCGUACUACAUACAAAACGAAUCAAUUUUGGACUUGACUGAAUUUGAUAAUGGACUCUUUUCAACUGGUAUUGCCACGAAAAUGGAAUUCAUUCCACAUAGCUUCAAUAGUUUUAUUGAAUCUGUUAAGGAAUACGGGGGAUUCGAGGAAAUUGUUCAAAAGCUUGAAGCUGUUAAGCCAAUCUUUAUGAAGAAAUUGGCUACUAUCUACAGUCCUAACACAAAUGGAUUCGGUUUUAAUGUACUUAAUCAUGGAGAUUUUCACAUAAGAAAUCUCCUUUUCCGCUUUAAUGGAGAUGAUAGAGAUGAUAUCGAUCACAUAUCUUUCAUUGACUUUCAAAUUUGCGUUUGGGCCACUCCUGCAAUUGAUCUGUACUACGCACUAUAUUCUAUGGCAUCAAAUGAAGCUCGUGAAAGGCAAGACCUUCUAACAGCAUAUCAUAAUCAAUUCUGCUCCGUUUUGUCUGAUUUGGGCUACUUGAAGAAACCACCAAGUCUUUUGGACCUUCACAUCGAACUCCUGCGUCAUGGCUUCAUGGAAGUUUUCAUGGCGUCUUGUUUCCUCCCAAUAUUUUUCAUGGACUUUGCUGCAUUUGCCGAAGAAGUUAAAGAUAAGCAAACAGAUGGUUUUGAGGCUAUGCUCGAAGUAACGAAAAAAAUCUUCCAGCAGGAUACCCUAAAGAAAAUUGUUACUAAACUUUUAUAUAAAUUCUUAUACAACGGCCAUUUAGAAUCACCAUAAAGCGUAAUUGAGCCUUAGAAAAAAUGGAAAUUAAUGAUGUUUUUAAAGAGGUGUAACAUGUCAGUUUUUUGUAAAUUUUACAAAUAAAAUUUUUACGCAAUGAA